AUGGCAGGGUUCACUUUCUACAACUAUGAGCCUUCCCUCGCCGCAGCCGCUGCGUUUGUAAUUAUCUUCACCAUCACAACUCUUGUUCACCUCUGGCAAAUGUUCCGGUCUCGAACAUGGUACUUUAUCCCAUUUAUCGUAGGCUGUUUGUUCGAGGCAUUCGGAUAUAUCGGUCGUGCCCUGUCCGCAAACGAAUCUCCCAACUACACUAAAAACCCGUACAUCAUGCAAUCGAUAUUACUUCUCCUCGGUCCCGCAUUACUCGCCGCUUCUAUUUAUAUGGUUCUCGGCCGCUUGAUCGUUCUUUUGGAUGCGGGUCACCUCUCUAUUAUUCGACCCAAGUGGCUGACAAAGGUCUUCGUCAUCGGCGAUGUAUUGUCUUUCCUGGCCCAAAGCGGCGGCGGUGGUAUGCUUGCCACGGCAGACAACAAGGACAGUGUUAAAAAAGGCGAGAACAUGAUCGUUGGCGGACUGUUUAUCCAAAUAUUUUUCUUUGGCUUUUUCAUGAUUGUCACCAUCGUUUUCCACAUCCGAAUUCGCUCUCGUCCAACAUCAACAUCAUUGAUCUUGAGCACACCCUGGGAGAAGCUCAUCUGGGUUCUUUACAUUUCAAGUCUGUUCAUUCUUGUCCGUUCAGCUUUUCGAGUUGCAGAAUAUGUUCUCGGAAAGGAAGGAGCGCUACAGGCUGACGAAUACUGGUUAUACAUUUUUGAUGCAACACUCAUGGCCUUGGUCGCUGUUCUUUUCAAUUCAUUCCAUCCCAGCCGAGUUAUUAACAAGGAUGCGCUUAACGCCAGGCCUACAUAUACAGUGGACGAGUAUCCGCUACAUAACAUGGAGGCUGCUAAAUAUCCAUAA